CUCAGCAACCCAUUUCCGAUAGUUAGAAAGGAAACCCCUCGUCAGGCUCGCUUUAAAUCACGUGAAUGGCCUUAGCUGAUAAAACCCACCCCAGUGGUGAAUGCACUUUCAGUUCCUCGUUCGACCCGCCUCCCGUUUCCUUAUACGCCGACAAUUCAAUCAGAAAUAGUUUCUACUGCAAUCUGUUUCACCCAGAUACCUCUGCCAUAUAAGGAGGCAUCUUCUCCAGCAUCAAUGAGUACCAGCGAUACUAAACUUGUGGAACAACUGUUCCUAGACUUCUCCGUGCAAGAAGUGCUUCAGAAUGAGACGAACGGUUUCCCAGUCGUUGAGCCAUGGGCUACCGAAUACGUCAAUGCCAUACGAGACGGGAGGUAUGGCGACGCAAUAUGGGCCCGUUAUCAUAUUGCAGGCGACGUGCAUAGUGGUAUCAUUGACGGCACCGACAGAACCGUACUCGAGAUGAUCGAAGAAGAUGCUUUGGGCUACAAAGUGGAUGAUCCAGAGGUAUAUAACGAAGCUCUAUCGUUCUACGCCAAUACCAAUCCGGCGGAUGGGCAUCCGGAAGUGAUUGAAAUCAUUUUGCGCAUAGGAGAUAAAAAUGUCGACACGCUUCGUGCUAGAAUUAAAGCCGAACGUCAAGCGGAUGUCCUUGCCGAUCUCUGAAUUGAUCAGACGCCUUGUGGUGUUUUAAGAUCACAUAUAAGAGGCAUGUAUUUAAUUGUGUCACGUUACCG